CGGAGCUGUUUGAGUCUGCUUGAGCCUCCCGCGUCAUUUUGGAACAUUGCAUAAAAUCAGAGAAUUGAACAAGAACUUCAGGGUUUUUCAUAUUUAAGGGCUGGGUGUAAACACAGCUGGCUUGUUAAUGUGAUUCUUGUUGCGGUUGGUCCAGCGGCUGCAAUUUAUAGAAAUGGGCACGCCUGAGGUCACCUGGCAGAGGCAGGAUAGAAACGGUUAGAGAGGCAUGUGGGCACAUUCAAUGACAGUUCAGGAUUAUCAAGAUCUUAUAGACCGUGGAUGGCGAAGAAGUGGGAAGUAUGUAUACAAACCUGUUAUGAAUCAAACAUGUUGUCCUCAGUACACAAUAAGAUGCCGACCUUUACAUUUCCAGCCAUCAAAAUCUCAUAAGAAAGUUUUAAAGAAAAUGUUCAAGUUUUUGUCUAAAGGAGAAUUUUCCAAAGGAAAUAAUGAAGAAGAACCCAUGGAUUCUCAAAUGGAUGAUGCUGGUAUGCAUGAUUUUACUCUGAAAAGCAAGUUGGACAUAAAGUCUGACCAGAGACCCUUCAGUGAAGAUUGUCAUGAAAUAAAAGAGAGCAAAAUGAAGGAGAAAGAAGAUUUAGAACCUAAGGAAACUAAAAUGUUAAAUCAGGCACAUGCUAAACAAGAGAAACUGGGGUCUGGCGAGCCAUCAAGUUCUGUUAAAGUUGUUCCCUCAACUCCCAAACCAGGCAAAGGAGCUGAUUUGAGUAAACCUCCAUGUCGAAAAGCGAAGGACAUACGGAAAGAAAGGAAAAGGCAGAAACUCAUUCUUAAGAGUCAAACAGAUCAAGUUCAGCAUGAAGAAAAACCUAAAUUAAAUCAGCCUAAAUCCAUUGAAGAUUUCAUUUUUGACACCUUACCUGACAAGUCUGCACAUCAGUUAGAGGUGAGGGUUGUGAGAUCAUCCCCACCAAGUUCCCAGUUCAAAGCCACAUUUCAGGAGUCUUACCAGGUCUAUAAACGUUACCAGAUGGUUAUUCACAAGGACCCACCUGAUAAACCAACUGUAAGCCAGGUGAGGUUAGUACCUGUUUCCUUUGAGGACCCAGAAUUCAAGUCGUCCUUCCGCCAGUCACUCUCUUUAUAUGCCAAGUAUCAAAUGGCCAUACACAAGGAUACAGCAGCUGAGUGUGGGGAAGCCGAGUUCACAAGAUUCCUUUGCAGUUCACCACUGGAGGCAGAGAAUCCUCCUAAUGGACCUGAUUGCGGUUAUGGAUCUUUUCAUCAACAAUAUUGGCUGGAUGGAAAAAUAAUUGCUGUGGGUGUCAUAGAUGUUCUUCCAUAUUGUGUGUCAUCUGUAUAUCUAUACUAUGACCCUGAUUAUGCCUUUCUGUCCUUGGGGGUCUAUUCUGCAUUACGAGAAAUUGCUUUUACUAGGGAACUUCAUGAGAAAACGUCUCAACUCAGUUAUUACUAUAUGGGUUUCUACAUUCAUUCUUGCCCCAAAAUGAGAUAUAAGGGUCAAUAUAGGCCUUCUGACUUGUUGUGUCCAGAGACAUAUGUUUGGGUACCCAUUGAACAGUGUCUGCCUGCUCUUGAGAACUCUAAAUACUGCCGCUUUAACCAAGAUACAAAAGCAGUUGAUGAAGAACGAAUUAAAGAACUUGACCGAUUACGGGUACUUUACAAGAGAACAAUUAUGCCUUACAACAUAUAUAAAAAACGACAGAAAGGACCAAGUGAUGAAGCCAUCGUUCAACAGUAUGCAGACUUGGUGGGACAGACCUGUUCAGAAAGGAUGUUACUGUUUAGAAGCUGAAAAAAAAAAAAGAAUUAUUAAAAAAUUAAUAUUCCACUCUCACCCUGGGGUACUACAGUGAUUGCACUCCAUUUUGCUAUAAUUAACACACAACGGUGUUAAUAGAUCCACAGGAUAAUAUUGUAACCAUCUAAUUGCAUCUUAUUUUAAUUAUUAUAUGACUUUCAAAAUAUUUAAAGUGAAAUGUUUGUGAAGUAUGUAAUAUAUAGAGAGAUUUAAAAAUAUGUUUAGGUAUUUAGCCUUAUACUUGAAAUUUUGGAAAAUUGGGGAUUUUUUUUUUGAUUCAAGCUAUAUAAGACAUGUCAUCUGUUGAUCUUGAUGGUAGAUAAAAUUAUUAUUAAGGUGCAUUUAAGUGAUUCAAAUCAUACAUGUGUUUUGAUUUUUCUUUUAGCAAAAUUUAAGCAACUUAUUUGCUUCAGCUGAAUUAAAAGAGAUUACUUUCAGUAAAAAAAAGUUUCCAAGAGGCACAUUGAAAACUAAGGCAUUACUUUAGUAUUAACAGCCUUGUCUUUCUGAAGAAUAUAUGUAUAUGUUACUAAUUUCUAUAGGUUGUACAUCACAGAAUAUCUUUAUGUAAUGAAGCUGGAUAGUGCUGUUAAAAAUAACAGGAACAUUAGAUAUUUUUAUUUUAAACAUUAUCUGCUGAAGUUGCCAUAAUCUUGAAAGAUGGGUUUUUAAGCAACUAGCAUUUCUCAUGAUAUAAAUUCUAUAAAAGUCAAAGGUUAAGGCAAAAAUUUCACAUUGGUUCUCUCCUUAGAAUAUGACAUCUGACUUGGAUUACUGAUGUAAAUUAAGUAUUAUCUACCCAUCUUUCUAGCUUUACUAAAGAAUAAUAUUUAAUGAGACAUAAAUCCGAAGGUCAUUAUUCUUAUAUAAGAGUGCCUUCUGUCCAUUUCCAUGCCAUAGAAUUAAUUUGUAACUUUUUAUAAUGUGUAGUUAUUGUUCUAUUGUAAUAGUCUGUUAGUAUUUUUUUUUUUUAAUGUCUCUUGUCACAAACUUACUUGUAUGAUUUGUAUUGUUUAGGAAAACAGAGUAUCCAUUUUUUUUUUUUUUUUUUUUUUUGGCACUUUCCUACUUCAGCUCAGGAGGAAGACCAAGAUUAAUCUUAAAUGUUACUGGGUUUAAUAGUAAAAAAAAUUCAGAAUGUUCUUUUGAUGAAAGGCUGGGAACACAGCUCCUCCUUUUCCCAAACAAGCAGCCAGCCACAAUUUUUACUAUAGUUGUGUGACUCCUGGCCCUCUUGUAUUGUCUCUUUGUGCUUUCUGAACAAAACUAGGCGUCUGAAACUCAGAAGCCUGAUAGGAAAAAUAUACUGUGCAUUGGAUUUAGACUUUUGUCUAAGACAUACACAAUAUUGAAAUGUCAUAACUAAGAACACUUUUAAUUUGAUCCAAAGCAAUGUGAGCCUUUUUUUUGGGGGGGGGGGGAGGGAAUCAAAGCUACCCCCACUUUGGGAGGCUAUAUACUUCUUUCAGUAAUACUUCCAUUGCAUAAAGCAUUUGAGGGCUCUUCUUUGGGCAGUUUAUUUCACUGAUUGUAAUACAUUGUUUUUAUUACCCACAGUAGUGGUUACGUACUAAUAUGCUUUUUAGCUAUAAAGUGUGGCUAUUAUUAAGUAAUGAAGCUGAUUUCUUGCUUGGUUUAGACAUAAACUAAUUUUAACAGAAGUUCCUAAAAAUAAGUUCGAAAACUAUUUUUAGCAGUAUCAUUUUUGAAAUGCGCUCUGGAGAUACCUACUUUGAAUGACAACUUUUGUACGAAUGUCUAAAGUGAUUUCUGUUAAAAAGAAAAAAUAUCACAUGAUUUCGUAAUAACAUUUUAUCAUAUAGUAUUUAGAAAGAACACAUGAAGCUUAAGACAAAAAGAGUAAAAUAAGCAACAUUCUUUCUAAAGGGAUUCUUUCCUGCAGAAAACAUAAUUUCUAGCAUUGGUCCAUAUUAUAGACUCCUUGAAUCUAGCACUAUAGCAUGGUUUUAGUGAAUCCAGAACAAUUUGGAUCUGGGAUUCAUUUAUCGAAAGGCUAUUUUCAUAAGGUCUUCUCUUUAAGAUUAACUUGAACGAUAAUAUUUUUUUCAAAAGGAAAAGUUUUGUCCUUUUAUCCCAAAGCUUGCUAAGACAAAGAGGGUUAUGUUGGAAAAAAGAGAACCCAAAAAAGAGGCAUUUGAAUUUUGAGGUUAGCAAUCCAUUCUUUUAAAAAAAUAAAAGACAUUAUUUUGUUAAUUGUGAUUUAAGGGGCAUCACAAGAAUUAAUUUUUUAAAAAAGUCAUAAUAUUUAAUUUUACAAUUCUGAAACUACGACUGUACUACUGACCUUUUCAGAUAAUGAAUAAAUUUAUACUUUCAUGUCAUGGGCAGAGAGUUUUAGGAUAUGGCUACUCUUUCAUUGUCAUUUUAUUUCAGCUUUUUUAGUUUUUCAUUAUUUUAAAAAUGUUAAUUUCGUUUUUUAUCACUUUAAAACAUUGAGGUUAAGUUCUAAUGCCUAUAUCUUGGCUUCAUUUAUUUAAGUGAGGAAUUAUUAUUCUAAAUGUAAGAGUCUUCAACACUGUUUAGUCUAUUUUUAAAAAUUAUUUUGAUAUAAUACCAAGUGCAUGUAUUAUGUUUAAUGUAGAAUAUAUGACUUAAAUGGGCUAUUCAGAAUAUCUGAAUAACAUUAAGGUUUGAUUUUUAGGCAAUGGAUUAUUUUAGUAUAAAUAAAGAAGGAAAGUGACUAUAAUUUCCCGGUAACUAAAAGUAACUAAUGUCAUCUCGAAAUGAAAAAAGGAAAAAGGAA